AUGAACGAGGAAGAUGACUUUGAAAAUGGCAACAGCUCCGCCGAGGAGGAGGAUGAGCAGGAGCAGGAGCAGGAGCAGGAGCAGGAGGAGGGCGACGCCAUGGAUGUAGACGAGGAGGAGGAAGGCGACGAGGCAGACGAGGGAGACAAUGACGAUGAAGACGGCGACGGCGACGGUGACGGCGAUAACGACGACGAAGACCAGGAUCAGGACGAGCCAGACAGCCCUUCGCAACGACGUCGCGGCAGUCUCCCCAACGGCGGCACACCAGGCCCCUCAGGCGCGAACCCAGCCGUGACGCUCACAUCGCCGAGUCCACGCGCCGCCGCUGCAGCAGGCAUACUGGGCAACCUGCCCUUCCGACCGAGCGUGCGACAAGAGGCUCUGAAUGCGCCCGUCUACGACAUCAUCCCCUCGAUAGCAGCACCGCACAGCACCUCGAUCAAUGCCAUUACUGCGACGCCCGACAUGCGCUGGGUCUUCACGGGAGGCGCCGACGGCUACAUACGCAAGUUCAAUUGGGUGGACACGGCCAACGGCAAGCUCGCCCUCACAGUCGCCCAAAGACACCCUUUCGUCGACUCGGUCACCAAGGCGGGCGUGCUUCUCUCGUACUGGGAGAACGAGGAUUCGUCACUUGCCUCAGACAACCUGUCGCCCGUGUACUCGCUCGCAGUCCACCACCAGUCGCUGUGGCUGCUGUCGGGCGUCCAGUCGGGCGGCAUCAAUCUGCAAUCCGUACGGCAUGAGGAGGGCAAGCGGAUACACACGCUCAAGGGCCACACUUCGGCCGUCUCGGUCCUGACAUUGGCACAAGACGAACAGUCGGUGCUGAGUGGGAGCUGGGACAAGACAAUCAACGACUGGGACCUCAACACCGGCCAGGUCAAGAGGAAAUUCGAGACGAGCGGCGGACAGAUCUCUGCCAUCGAGCAACGACCCCUGUCGACGCUGCCCAUUCCUCAGGACACCGAGACGUUGCCCAAUGCCAACGGCACCUUUACAUCCAACAACGCUGUGCGACCGAGAGCCAACGGAAGCCUUGCCAAUGGCACAGAUUCGGCACGCGCUGGCCCAGUCAAGGACGAGGGCAACGAAGAUGCUCAAGGCUCACCGGACGACUCGCUCUUCGGGGAUAAAGACUCUCUCUUCGGAGACGGCCAGGAGAACAACCCGUCUUCCGCCCUUCCUGCAUUCGGCGACGAUGACGACGAGUUCUCACGAGCUAUCGCGAGCGGCAUACAACAGGCGGAUGAGGAUGGCCAGGGCGAUAUGGACAUGAUGGACAUGGGCGGGCCUGUGCAAGCGCCGCAAGACCUGGCAGAAGAGACCCUAAAGGAGCCCCCAGCGCCUGCGCAGGGAGAUGCUGCAGCGAACGGCACAACCGACUCACAGUCCACGGCUACUGCAAACGGUUUACCGCAUGCAGAAGAUGUAGAGAAGCCGAGAAACACGUCUAUCGGACAAGCAGAGCAACCUAUUUCAUCAGAGACGACCUUCUUUGACGCCUCGAUGGACGGUACACUGCGCAUCUGGGACCGACGGCAAUCAAACCCGAUCGCCCGAAUAUCACCGCCACGGAAUACACCGCCGUGGUGCAUGAACGCAUGCUGGUCUCCAGACGGCAAUUUCAUAUACGCAGGUCGGCGAAACGGUUCAGUCGACGAGUACAGUUUACACAAAGGCUUGAGGGAACCUAGGCGGACCUUGAGGUUCCCCAACGUGAGUGGGCCCGUCAGCGCCGUCCGAGCAAUGCCAAAUGGCAAGCAUCUGAUCUGCGCAUCUUACGACAUCUUGCGUCUCUACGAUCUCAGCCAACAGGAGAAGGAGGAAGCCGGUGCAAAGGGUGCAGCAGUACCCUUCUUGAUUGUGCCGGGCCAUAGAACAGGUGUUAUUUCGCAACUCUACCUGGAUCCGACAUGCAGCUUCAUGAUCUCGACGGGCGGGAAUAGAGGUUGGGAGGGAGCUACGACCGAAGUAAUGCUUGGAUAUGAGAUUGGCAUUGGGCAAUGA